GACGGAAUCAGCACAAAGGAGUGAGAGAUUUGUACUGCUAUGGCGACUGUCGUUCCCCCGCCAAGUAAGCGGCAAAAGAUUGCUGCUCUCGAGAAAGCAGAAAAAGCUGCUGAAGAUGCCAGAAUACCGGACGACUUGGGCAGCGUAAGGGUGCAGUUCGUCGACCAGAGCACCGGCAAGACAACCGGCCCAGUGGUUGCGGUCCCUGUCAGAGAUGCGACUGUCAAGAAUCUAGAGACAUUGCUCAACACGAUACAAGGAAAUGAACCCGAUGAACGACUACCAUACCGCUUCUUCUUCCGCAACGAUCGCGCCCCCACGGACAAUGAGUCCAACAUAUUGGACGUCCAAAAUGACUUGUACAAUUCGGUUUUAAGGCCUGGCUUCAAGACCACCGAGGACAAUAUUGUCCUCCAAUUCAUUCCGCAAGCUGUCUUCCGCGUAAGGGCAGUCACACGCUGUUCAGCCUCGAUAUCAGGACACGGCGAAGCGAUUUUGGCAACAGCGUUCUCACCAGAGACGUCUUCUAGAAUGGCGACUGGAAGCGGCGACAACACCGCACGGAUAUGGGACUGCGACACCGGCACACCAAUGCACACAUUGAAGGGACAUACCAGUUGGGUUCUGGCAGUAUCAUGGUCGCCCGAUGGGAAGAUCCUCGCGACGGGUAGCAUGGACAAUACAGCGCGCCUUUGGGACCCCAAGACAGGGGAGGCCCUCGGUGGACCAUUGAAAGGCCAUACGAAAUGGAUUACAAGUCUGACAUGGGAACCAUAUCACAAUCAAGCACCAGGGAAGCCUCGACUGGCAUCUGCCUCAAAAGACGGCACGGUCAGAAUAUGGGACGUUCCAUUGCGCCGGGUCGAGCAGACACUGUCCGGACAUAAAGGGUCCGUGACGUGCGUGCGAUGGGGCGGAUUCAAUAGGGUCUUCACGUCCUCGCAGGACAAGACAAUCAAGAUAUGGAAUUCCAAGACGUGGAAUUGCUUGCAUACAUUAUCUACGCAUACGCAUUGGGUGAAUCAUCUGGCGCUGUCCACCGAUUUUGUGCUCCGGACGGCCUUUCAUGAUCAUACGGGCAAAGUACCCGACACGGUCGAGGAAAAGAUCAAGAAAGCCAAGGCACGGUUUGAAGAGGCUGCACGGCAGGAAGGGCAGUUAGUUGAGAAGCUGAUAUCUGCAUCGGACGACAACACUAUUUUCCUGUGGGACCCGUCUGCGAUUUCGGGCGAUUCGAAUGCGUCAGUCAAGCCGAUUGCGAGGUUGCUGGGUCAUCAAAAGCAGGUGCUGCAUGUAUCCUUUUCACCGGAUGGGCUGUAUAUUGCGUCCGCGUCGUUUGACAACAGUGUGAAACUGUGGAAUGCGAGGGACGGGAAAUUCCUAGCGACGUUGCGCGCGCAUGUUGGAGCCGUGUAUAUGGUGGCUUGGUCGAGCGACUCCAGGUUGUUGGCGAGUGCCUCAAAGGACACUACGGUCAAAGUAUGGGAUGUGCGGACGGGGAAAUUGAAGGAAGACCUCCCUGGCCACAAAGAUGAAGUCUUUGCUUUGGAUUGGAGUCAGGAUGGGAAAUGUGUGGCUAGUGGUGGGAAGGAUAAAGUGGUGAAGCUGUGGAAGCAUUGAUGAGCUCUGCGUAUGAAAGGGCAGACAACAGCUUUUAUUUCGCCUUCACGAGAUCAUGGCGGCCAAUAGAGGCGUUCUGGUGGCUGCUUUCGUGGGACUAUGGUCUUUCUGAUACCCGAAACACGGUUGGAUGAAUGAAUGUCAGCAAAACUGCUUUUGAGCCAAAAUCAUAUUUAC